GUGUCGCGCCGCCUCUGACGCCUCGGACAACAUGGCGGCCGAGAGCGGCAGCGACUCCCAGCUGAGAAGGAGAAGGCGCCGGGACCCGGAGGAACGAGAGAAAACGGAACUGGGCGAGCGGGAACUGGCCGUGGCGGUGGCGGGGAGCGAGGACAAUGAGGAUGAGGAUGAGGAGCGCUGGGUUGGGCCUUUGCCGGUGGAGGCGACGCUGGCCAAGAAGAGGAAAGUUCUAGAGUUUGAAAGAGUCUAUCUUGAUAAUCUCCCCAGUGCAUCCAUGUAUGAGCGCAGUUACAUGCACAGAGAUGUGAUCACACAUGUGGUAUGCACCAAGACAGAUUUCAUUAUCACUGCCAGUCAUGAUGGACAUAUUAAGUUUUGGAAAAAAAUAGAAGAAGGAAUUGAGUUUGUUAAACAUUUUCGUAGUCAUCUUGGAAUAAUUGAGAGUAUCGCAGUUAGCUCUGAGGGAGCAUUGUUCUGUUCUGUGGGUGAUGAUAAAGCAAUGAAGGUGUUUGAUGUAGUGAACUUUGACAUGAUCAAUAUGCUGAAGCUUGGUUAUUUUCCUGGACAAUGUGAGUGGAUCUAUUGCCCGGGAGAUGCCAUAUCUUCAGUUGCUGCUUCUGAGAAGAGUACAGGAAAAAUUUUCAUUUAUGAUGGUCGAGGAGAUAACCAGCCACUUCAUAUUUUUGAUAAACUCCAUGUAUCACCUCUUACUCAAAUAAGACUAAACCCAGUUUAUAAAGCAGUGGUUUCUUCAGACAAAUCUGGCAUGAUCGAGUACUGGACUGGACCUUCUCAUGAAUACAAAUUCCCUAAAAAUGUGAACUGGGAGUAUAAAACUGACACAGAUUUAUAUGAAUUUGCCAAGUGUAAGGCUUAUCCAACUAGCAUAUGCUUUUCACCUGAUGGAAAAAAAAUAGCAACCAUUGGAUCAGAUAGAAAAGUUAGAAUUUUCAGAUUUUUAACCGGAAAACUCAUGAGAGUCUUUGAUGAAUCUUUAAGUAUGUUUACUGAACUGCAGCAGAUGAGGCAACAACUACCAGACAUGGAAUUUGGACGACGAAUGGCUGUAGAACGUGAGCUGGAAAAGGUGGAUGCUGUAAGAUUAAUUAAUAUCAUUUUCGAUGAAACUGGACACUUCGUGCUAUAUGGAACAAUGCUAGGCAUUAAAGUUAUAAAUGUAGAAACAAAUCGGUGUGUGCGGAUCUUAGGCAAGCAAGAAAAUAUUAGAGUGAUGCAACUGGCAUUGUUUCAGGGAAUAGCAAAAAAGCAUCGAGCUGCAACUACUAUAGAGAUGAAAGCUUCUGAAAACCCUGUUCUUCAGAAUGUUCAAGCUGACCCAACAAUUGUCUGUACAUCAUUCAAAAAGAAUCGAUUUUAUAUGUUUACUAAACGAGAACCAGAAGAUACAAAAAGUGCGGAUUCUGACCGAGAUGUUUUUAAUGAGAAGCCUUCUAAAGAAGAAGUCAUGGCAGCUACUCAAGCUGAGGGACCAAAACGAGUUUCAGAUAGUGCCAUUGUCCAUACAAGCAUGGGAGACAUUCACAUCAAACUUUUUCCUGUUGAGUGUCCCAAGACAGUGGAAAACUUCUGUGUUCACAGCAGAAAUGGUUAUUAUAAUGGGCAUACAUUUCACCGUAUCAUUAAGGGCUUCAUGAUUCAGACAGGAGAUCCAACAGGUACUGGUAUGGGAGGAGAAAGCAUAUGGGGAGGAGAGUUUGAAGAUGAAUUUCACUCAACAUUACGCCAUGACAGACCAUACACACUCAGCAUGGCCAAUGCUGGAUCAAAUACUAAUGGAUCCCAGUUUUUCAUAACUGUAGUACCAACGCCUUGGCUUGACAAUAAGCACACCGUGUUUGGACGAGUAACUAAAGGAAUGGAGGUUGUACAACGGAUUUCCAAUGUUAAAGUCAAUCCCAAAACAGAUAAGCCUUACGAGGAUGUCAGCAUCAUAAACAUCACUGUCAAGUAAAAUGGGUUCUGUACAUUCCAAAGUAAAAGGGACUUACAGUACCAUGAGACUGUUUCACAUUUGAAAAUUUAAUACUUGCUGAAUAUGCAAAUCAUGUUUUAAAAGAUAUAAAACUGUAUUUUUGUACUUUUA